CGUACUGUACUUUUAUCCAUUUAGGUUUACCUCAAGGGACACGAAUAGGCCUACAUUAAUCUACUUCAUAGAUAUUUUAAUAAACCGGAAUAGACAUUUAGGAUAUGUUUGGGAGGCGUUCACGUUACAAGUGAGCUGUUCAUCAUUCUGAAAAUUAAAACAACAACAACAACAAAGUAACUUGCGCAAACAAAGUAACAAAAAGCGCAACUUGCAGCUCAGGUGAAAGUGAGAGAAUUUUCAGAUUUUCUCUUUUGAAGCUCGACGUGUCUGCUUGUGGAUUUAACCUCAGGAUAAAGUUUUAGAGACAAACCACUGCUUCACCAUGAACACCAUGGAGCCCAGCCUGAGUAUGGACUACAUGGACAAUGUCACCCUCAAUGUGACUCCCAGUGACACAAACAUGACGGGUAUCACCCAGAUCAUGAUCCCUCAGGAACUGUUCCUGAUGCUGGGAUUGAUAAGCCUGGUAGAGAACAUUCUGGUUGUUGCAGCCAUCAUCAAGAACAGAAACCUGCAUUCUCCGAUGUACUAUUUCAUCUGCUGCCUCGCCGUGUCCGACAUGCUGGUCAGCGUGAGCAACGUGGUGGAGACGAUGUUCAUGCUACUCACGGACCACGGCCUUCUGAGUGUGACGGCAAGGAUGCUGCGUCACCUGGACAACGUCAUCGACAUCAUGAUCUGCAGCUCUGUGGUGUCCUCGUUGUCCUUCCUGUGCACCAUCGCAGCCGAUCGCUACAUCACCAUCUUCUACGCCUUGCGCUACCACAGCAUAAUGACCACACAGCGUGCCAUCACCAUCAUUGCGAUGGUUUGGUUGACCAGCAUCACCUCCAGCUCGCUGUUUAUCAUCUACCACACUGACAACGCAGUCAUCGCCUGUCUCGUGACCUUCUUCGGCAUCACGCUGGUUUUCACAGCGGUGCUCUAUCUGCACAUGUUCAUCCUGGCGCACGUGCACUCCAAACGCAUCAUGGCGCUCGAUAAAAACCGGCGCCAGGCCACCAGCAUGAAAGGCGCCAUCACGCUGACCAUCCUGUUAGGGGUUUUCAUCAUUUGCUGGGGUCCAUUCUUCCUGCAUCUGAUCCUAAUCCUGACGUGUCCAACAAACCCUUAUUGCAAGUGCUACUUCAGCCAUUUCAACCUCUUCUUAAUCCUCAUUAUAUGCAACUCUCUCAUAGACCCUUUGAUUUACGCGUAUCGGAGUCAAGAACUGCGAAAGACGCUUAAGGAAAUAGUUUUGUGCUCUUGGUGCUUUGUUAUUUAUGGUGCUGAUGCUGCCGCCUCGCCCCGGUUGCAGCCGGUCGGUUUCUCCGCAGCCUCUGAUUGGCCAGCGCCUGCCUGGCUCAGUGACGUCACCGGACAUGUGUUAAAUCAGCAUCGUCUGGGCUUUAAAAGGCCGGUCCGAGCUGUGCGAGUUUUCCGCCGGCAACUUGCAGGAGGAGACAGAGAACAGCACACAGAUACACACACACACAUACACAUACACACACUCACACACACACACACACACACCCUGAGGAUGAGAGAGAUUGUCCACAUCCAAGCCGGCCAGUGCGGCAACCAGAUUGGAGCCAAGUUCUGGGAGGUGAUCAGUGAUGAACAUGGCAUCGACCCCACUGGAAACUACGUGGGUGACUCAGACCUCCAGCUGGAGAGGAUCAGCGUUUACUACAAUGAAGCUUCCUCCUCCAAAUAUGUUCCCAGAGCCAUCCUGGUGGAUCUGGAGCCAGGCACCAUGGAUAGUGUACGAUCUGGAGCCUUUGGCCAUCUCUUCAGACCUGAUAACUUCAUUUUUGGUCAGAGUGGAGCAGGCAACAACUGGGCUAAAGGCCACUACACAGAAGGAGCAGAGCUAGUGGACUCUGUCCUGGACGUGGUGCGGAAGGAAUGCGAGAACUGCGACUGCCUCCAAGGUUUCCAGCUCACCCACUCACUCGGAGGGGGCACGGGCUCGGGCAUGGGCACGCUGCUGAUCAGCAAAGUGAGAGAAGAAUAUCCUGACCGCAUCAUGAACACCUUCAGCGUGGUCCCUUCCCCUAAAGUGUCCGACACAGUGGUGGAGCCCUACAACGCCACGCUUUCCAUCCACCAGCUGGUUGAGAACACAGAUGAGACGUACUGCAUUGACAACGAAGCCCUGUACGACAUUUGCUUCCGCACACUCAAGCUGGCAACGCCCACUUACGGCGACCUCAACCACCUGGUCUCGGCUACCAUGAGUGGAGUCACGACCUCGCUGCGCUUCCCAGGCCAGCUGAACGCUGACCUGCGCAAGCUGGCUGUCAACAUGGUACCCUUCCCUCGCCUGCACUUCUUCAUGCCCGGAUUCGCUCCUUUGACAGCACGUGGAAGCCAACAGUACCGCGCUCUUACUGUCCCUGAGCUCACACAGCAGAUGUUUGACGCCAAAAACAUGAUGGCUGCGUGCGAUCCACGUCACGGCCGCUAUCUCACUGUGGCCACCGUCUUCCGAGGACGCAUGUCCAUGAAGGAAGUGGAUGAGCAGAUGCUGGCCAUCCAAAGCAAGAACAGCAGCUAUUUUGUCGAAUGGAUCCCCAACAACGUGAAGGUUGCUGUGUGCGACAUUCCACCCCGGGGGCUCAAGAUGUCCUCCACGUUCAUCGGCAACAGCACGGCCAUCCAGGAGCUCUUCAAGCGCAUCUCCGAGCAGUUCACAGCCAUGUUCAGACGUAAGGCUUUCUUGCACUGGUACACUGGCGAAGGCAUGGAUGAGAUGGAGUUCACCGAGGCUGAAAGCAACAUGAACGACCUGGUGUCUGAGUACCAGCAGUACCAGGACGCCACGGCUGAGGAAGAGGGAGAGAUGUAUGAGGAUGACGAGGAGGAGUCAGAGGCCCAGAUUCAAAAGUAAACACUCACAAAGUAGCCAUUAUAACAUGUACAACAACCCUUCUGUAAUACCGACCUCUUAUCACUCUUCCGGCUAAAAUAUCUUAAACUUCUCUUACAGGUAGAAUAAACUUCAUGUUAACCAUUUGUGCCAAGUUACAGCAGAAAUUCACUUUACUGUACCAUAACAGCUUCUUGAUGGUACUGUAUUUGCUGUAUUUGUAGUGUUGUUCACUGACCAAUCCUAAAUAAACCAGUGUUUCAAGUGGA